AUGCGUCUUCAAGAUGUUGUCAAAUUUAUUUCAACUCAAACAAAAAGAGGAUAUCAAAAGAAAAAUAAAAACGAAUUGGAUUAUUUAAAAAAGAAGGCCGAAGGAACAGAAUUCGUUAAAAUUUACAAACAUUUUAUUGUUUUUUCGUGUAUUACCGAAGAUGAGGCCGGACAAGUAAAUAGUUGUGGAUUUUUGGAGAAUUUGGAUAAAAUAAAUGAACAAAUUGAGAAAAUUGAACAAAUAGAAAUUUUUCAUAUUGGAUUAAAAACAGAGGAUUGUCCUACAGAAAUUAAAAAAAUUAAAAAUGAGGAUGAAAAAUUUGAUGAAGAAGAAAAUGUACAAGCAGGGAAACUAUUAAAUUUAAAUUUUUGUACUUCCUGGCUUGUUGGAAUUAAAAUUAAAGACAAAGUCUUAAACAAGGAAAUGUUGAAAUUUGAAAUAGAAAAAAGUGUUGGAGCGACGGGAGUUACUGAAGAUUUGAAAAUAUUUGUUAUAUUAAAUUCGGAAAUUGAAAAUUGGUUUGUUUAA